AUGCCCGUCGCUGCUGAACUCGAUAUUCUGAAAGUCGGCAAUGAGCCGGGAAUGAUUGGUGGACUACUGCAGAUAAUCGGGGGGGACAGCAUUGACAUCUCCACUCGUCAAUCUUGCUCGGUCUGGCUCAAAAAUCGCGUCCACGGCACGUACUCCAUUGACCCCGCCACUCGCCGCCCCAACCAGCCCUCCAUCACCGAACCCGAUAGAGAGGCUCUCCGAGCCAAUAUCCUUCCCUUAUUAGCCGCGUCUCCAUCACGUAGCAUCACCGUUCAACUCGCCAACAGUCUCAAGGACAUUGUGGCCCAUGAUCUACCCAACGCCCGCUGGCCUGGUCUUAUCGACGCCAUCAAGCAACUUUUGGUCAGUGGCGACAUUCGCCAUGUACAGGCUGGAUGUGUUGCCUCACUCGAGGUCGUUCGUGCUUUCCCGAUUCAGACAAAAGGCAGACGUCCUGCCCCCGUUGGUGGCCCAGCUGUUUCCAACUCUCGUCGGAAUUGCGACACAGAUGAUGCAGACACCGCCUUCCGCUGCCCAGGAAAUCCCCGCAAUGCUCCAUCUCAUCCUCAAAACAUACCAGACGAGCAUUGUCGUUAA